GCUCAGCUCCAGCUGUUCCGAUUCCUCUCUCCUCUGGAUCCUGAUAGUUUUUGGGGUGAGGGAGGUGAGCUGCGUGAUCACACGUGUCCCAGCUCAGUCUCCCCUCUGGCCACCUCAGCCCCCACCACAGUUAUGGAGAGAAACUAGCCAGUAAAACUUAAAGAACAAGAGAACUACAUUCAAAUUGAGUUGGAAAAGAAUAUUUGGACAAUCUGUGAUUGUGAGAGUGGAUGAGUCUUCUAGCUAAACCUAUGAGCUUUGAAAUCACAGCAAUCACUUUCUUCAUCAUCCUUCUAAUUUGCUUCAUUUGCAUCCUCCUUUUAUUGGUGGUUUUUUUAUAUAAAUGUUUCCAAGGCAGGAAAGGUAAAGAGACAAAGAAAGUGCCUUGUACAGAUGCAAACGGAGGUGUAGACUGUGCAGCUGCUGAAGUGGUGACAAGCAAUCCAGGGGACCAUGAAAGGGUAUUAAUGCAAGUCAUGAAUUUGGAUGUGCCGAUGAGGCCUGGCAUUCUUGUCCAGAGACAGAGUAAGGAAGUGUUGGCCACACCCUUAGAAAACAGAAGGGACAUGGAGGCAGAAGAGGAGAACCAAAUAAAUGAGAAGCAAGAGCCUAAGAAUGCUGGAGAAACUGGUCAAGAAGAGGAUGAUGGUUUGCAGAAAAUACACAUAUCUGUCACUAGAACUCCAUCAGCUGUUGAAAGCCAAAAAAGACCUUUAAAAGGAGUGACAUUUUCUAGGGAGGUAAUUGUUGUGGAUCUUGGAAAUGAAUACCCUACACCUCGAAGCUAUACUCGAGAACAUAAAGAGAGAAAAUGAAGCUCAAAAAAGGGUAAGAGUGAAAGAAAAUGUAACCUUUGACUAACAUUGAAAUGACUGAGGGUACAAAAUCAUGUUGAAACAACAAAACAAUGGGGAAUUAAGCAAAUAAAGAUAGUAUUUUACCUUUGUGCAGAAAGAAGUGGGCCAUAUGCAAAAUUCUGUAAGUAAAAUACUUAGAGCUUGAAUAUAGUUUUUUAAAAAUUCAAA